UUAACAGGUAGAAAACGAAUUAGCAUCACGUGUUCUAGUUGUGUGGCCUUGGAUACCAGGGUACUACAACAUUUCACGCACGCAUUGGAGGUUAAAUAUACAGAUGUAACAUGCACCUGGAGGAAUUGUUUGCAACAUUUUGCCUGUAGAAACAUUUGUUCGUGUAUAUAUACAUUCUUUGGAGACUUUCGUUUUGACAGACAAACAGAGGUAUAAGGAUUUACCAACGUUAACAGGUUCUUAAUAAGGACUAAUGAUGACGGAUGAAUCGGUCUCGUUUCCAUUCGGGAAGUGUCGUAUAUGUACGGGGAAGGCGAUGGGAGUUCACUACGGCACCGCUACCUGUGAGGGUUGUAAGGCUUUCUUCAAGCGUUGGAUGGACAGAGACAAGACACUUGGUUGCUAUUUUGGCGGGAACUGUGUCAUCACACCGGAUACGCGUCACUGUUGUAAAGGAUGCCGCUACCAGAAAUGCAAGGAGAAUGGCAUGUCUAUUGAAGCGAUAAAAAUGGGAAGAAUUCCGAAAUUUGAGAAAAGGGCUGCAAUUCAAGAUUUUCAAAUAUCAAGAAAAGAAAUCACUUCUUCUUGCUCAAUUAAAAAGAAAAGAAAAAAGGAGAAAUGUGUGGAAAAGAAAGAAGUUGGAAAUGUUUUCAGCCAGGCAACCGUCCAAGACGAGAAUAAUUCGUUAGCAAGUAUUCCAGAUAGGGAGGAAAAGGAAGUAAAUGCUCCGACAAAUAGCCAGGAAAAGACCGGAAGGUCUCACCAGUCUUCUCCAGAACAGAACAUGUUUCCUGAUUUUGAGGAAGCAUUUGGUGAUAAGCACACUUCCCUCAAUGGUUUUAAGAAUGAUUCCACGCCAUUACGAAACGUUGACAAUAUGAUAUCUUCAUAUGACCAUCAUGCACAAUCCAACAAUACACAGACAAUGAUCAAUGGGUGUACAUCAUCAAAUCACCAGGGUAUCCCCUUUCUUGAUCAUCAGGCUGCUUUGACGGAUCAUACCCCUGCUUCGGCUCAGUUUAGCUUAACAUCUGGUUUAGCUCCGAUUAUAUUAAAUUCAAACCGACUGGAGUCCGAUAGCAAUCCUAACACAUCAAUAAAAACGACAUCUCGAGCGAGAUACCUAUCGAUGGACGAUACAUCCCAGUCACGGAAGAGCGCCCCUCAAGGUUCAACUUCUCAAAAUAACUUCAAUCACCCUAAAUACCUUCCUAGAUCUUAUACUAACAUACCACCAAAUGUAAUGACAAAUGUCGAUCGCUCAGUCGAUGACGCGAUGAAUCAAAAGAUGGCAGAGGAGGUACCAGUAUCCACUGACCAAAACUGCAACACUUUAGUUGUGGACAGUUUUCCCCAAAAAAACCAGAAACAUAUCGACGACAGAGACGCCAUGCAAGACGUUUUAUCAAGAGCAGUUAUAGAAGAACCUAUUGCUGGUGUAUGUGAUGUGACACAAGGAUGUGAAACAAAUGAAGUUUUGCAAACCGAAGUACAGACGCCGGAAAUUUCUGAAAUAGGUCGAAACAGCGCCUACCUCUACAACUACGUACGUUUACUGACGGAUUCAUCCUUAUCGGAAAACGAGUGCCCAAUAAAUGGACGUGAAAACGAUUUCAGCGCUAAAAAUAACUUCUCAUUUGGGACACAACCGAAUGAUCUCUGGUCAAUGGAUAAUUCACCGACGGUCAGCGCGAUAACAGCGGGCUGCCCGACUGGAACGGACAAAGUUGACGGCGAAUUAGCGCAUACUGACAGUCCUCAAGUGCGGACAGUAUAUCUUCAAGAUUCCCUAUAUUCUACUGUGGAAAACGGCCUUGACGGUAGGGAUGAGGUACCAGGAAGAGGAGCACCGAAUGCCAGUCAGCCAGAAGUGCAAUGUAACUCGGGGGAGUUUGCCAAAAGUAGUCCUAGUGUCGACAUGACAUUCGUACAACAGGACAGCAGUCUGAUCCACGAAACCCUCCCGUCAGACCGGUUCACGCGCGAAACAAUUUUUCAGCAAAGAAAUCAAAACGAUAAACCAAGAAACAGUGCACAAUUCAAAAUAUCACAUCAGAUACGUUUGAGCAACCUAGCGUCUGCAAUUUUUCGAAGUUUAAAUGGCAGCAUGGGUCAAUCAGAUGAUGGCACCCAAAACGAUAUGAGACAUUUUCUUCGUACUCACUCGAGGCGUAAAUCUGAGGACAGUUACCAGGCUGGAAUAGACAAAGAGCGUGCAUAUAAAGACACUGAUCAGGACGAAACAAAGUCGUCACACACAUCACAUGACACUGACCAGACUGGAACCGACAGUCAACUCGAUAUAAGGGAUGUUAUGAAGACAACUCUUGAGGUAUUCCAAAGGUCCGUAGAUAAGCUAUACAUACCAAUAUUCCUAAAACGACGACUCGCCAAGAAAUACCAACAUGGCGGGAAACGUGUGAAGAUUGCUAGAAGAUCAAAAGAAGGAAUUGGGUACCUCAUGUCGAAAUUGUUAAGUGAAAUCAAAACGGAAAAUGAAAGAAUCACAGGAUUUGCCAUUGAAAUCCCUGAAUUUUCCAAAUUGUGUGCGAACGAUCAGAUGCUGCUGCUGAAGAGGGCGUUCAUCGAGAUACAUCUGCUUACGACGUCCGAGUUCAGAUCCAGUGACGAGUACUUUUACAUGGAAGACAACGACCUCGUUUUGAAUCAGGCCGCUCUAAAUACGUUGGUGGACGCCCGGAUGGUGGAUCUGAUGAACAAUCUGUAUGAGUUGAUGGACAGGUUUAAUCUCUCACAUCUAGAGAUUGGUCUGCUAUGCGCCAUCCAGCUAACAUCGCUCGAUGGAGUAACCGUUGAGGACACGGGUCCCGUUGGAGCUCUCCACUCCCACUACCUCGACGUGUUCAGUUACAUGGUGUACUCCAGCACCCGAAACAAUAAGGCUAGAAUGGUGGUCGAGGUUUUCUUCAAACUCAUCCCCGUCCUCAAGGAUCUUAGCGGGAGCAUCAACCAUUUCACGGAGUCCGUCCUUCUUGAACAGAACCCUGAACUGCUGUUCAGGAACUUACUCUGAUCUACCAUAAUGUUGUGUUCACUUCACAUAAUACUUUUAAUGGUCGUUAAGUUUAUAUAUACUGUAUGUAUGUCAACUUCAUCAGUCAUACUUUUCGAUUUGCAGUUCCAGGACAAAAUCAUCGAAUGUUGAUAUAUGUGAUAUCGCUCCACUGAAGAACAAGACAGCAUAAAUAUAAACCUUGCUUAGAUGCUUAUUCAGAUGAGUUUCCAAAGUUGUAAAAAGGUAUUUAAACGAGUGUCGUGAAAUCACUAAUACCCGUGGGUGUUUAAAUUUCGUUGAUUUCAUGGGUAUUCUCCAUUAACAAAUGUAUACGUCCACGAAGUAAUUACAAGUUUGAAAUAAAGCGACUCUCCGUAUAAGUGGGUACUAGUAAUCAACUAAUUUCUUUUCUCCAAAACGAAGAUUAUAUUAACAGAAUAGUUACAUACAAGAAUUAAUCAACAUAUAUACAUACAUAGAUAUUGAAAAAGUACAAACGUAUCGUUAUUUUAAUGUGUACAUAAAUAUUUUAUAAGAGAAGGGAGAUGUACAUACAAUCAGACGAUUUGUAAUAAUUUUUUAACAUUUGAUACACAUGUGAUAUUACCUUUAAUCUUAAUUGUUCAUAAUCUUCAGAUAUAUCUUAUAAUUUAAUUCACUACCCAAUAGGGUAUUAGUCAAAUCAAAAUCAGGUUAAUUAUACAAAUAAACAUUGAGUUGUAUAUCACAUAUACUAAUUAAAUGACACCAUACUUUGUCUCUUACUUCAGUAGUUUUGUCACAAUGUAAGAUAAUAUGUGUAACAGUAUCAUAGUAUAAUUUACCACAAUAAUGACAUAAUUCCAUGAGUUUUGACAUACGAGACAUUUCACAAACUCUUAAGGUACAGUGUAUAGAUUUAGAAUACUGUGGAUACUUUGCAGCUAAUUACCAUAAAUAAUGUGACUCGAGCGUAUGGUGAAUGGACAUAAAUCUUACAAAAUCGUUGUCAUCUGACAAACGUUGUAACCAUGCAUUUUCUUCGGUUUGAUAUACACUUUUAUAUCCAACUUUUUUCCACUGUCUGGCACCUAAUUUUAUAUAAAUAUUUUCUAAGGAUACAUAUAAUAUCUGGUAUAAAUCCAUAUUGUUUCCCAUCAUUUACAUUGAACAUAAAAAUCGAGUGACAAAUAUUCUGUGUACUAGUGUCUGUACAUGCGUCCAUACUAUAUAUUCGUCCCGAAAAUAAUAUUUUUUUAAUAUGAAUAUAAGACGCAAUACUUGUCCAGCCUAGUAAUGAAUUACACAUAUCGGUCCUGGUUCUUUUUUCAAACCCUUGUAUAAAUUUUACAAUAUAGCUCUUUGCUCUGUCCAACAUUAAUACUUCUGUUUUAGAAAGAAACCAAAGUUCAAACCCAUAUAAGGCAGACGGGUACACUUUAAUUUUAAUCAACUUAGCAACAGUGAGGGGAUUGAGCGCGCACGGAUGAGCACCGGACCUAAGUAGUGACAUAGUACCAGAUUUUAACCUACUACAUGCUCUAGUAGUUUCCAUUGAAUUUCUUCUGCCAUUUUACAAUAUUCCAACAUGUUUAAUUUCUUCAACAACUGACAGUACGCGUUUGUAUAGAUAGACAUUUUGUAUAUUAUGUAAUGUUCGUUUGUAUAGGUAGACAUUUGGUAUAUUAUGUAAUGUACGUUUGUAUAGGUAGACAUUUUGUAUAUUAUGUAAUGUACGUUUGUAUAGGUAGAC